AUUAGUAAUCUCGUGGGCGCCUUUAAUGACUUCAUCAUGUAUCUUUAUCAUUUAUGAGUACUCAUAUAUUUGGAAUGAGAUAUCGUCAUAAGCAGCCUGUAUUAGCAACCUGGAGGAUGACGUUAAUUAAACGUGUUCAUCACGCUAACUAAAUAGAUGUUUUUCUUCUUUCUAAAGCGUGUUAAUGAGAAUGACAUCGAUGUUCAAAGACAACUUUUGGGGUUCAAAUGGAUUUGAUGAGCUUCGAAAAUAUAUUAAGCAAGGAGCUGAUUUUAAUAAGGAGAUUGCUUCAGUAUUACAAGAAAGAUCAGAAUUAGAAGCAACAUAUGCUAAAGGUCUUCUAAAAUUAGCUAAUAAAAUUGGAAAAAUUACUAGAGAUGGAAAUAGGGGUUCAAAUGGAUUUGAUGAGCUUCGAAAAUAUAUUAAGCAAGGAGCUGAUUUUAAUAAGGAGAUUGCUUCAGUAUUACAAGAAAGAAAUGUGGCAGCAGGCUUAUGUGAAGAUGUUGUAAAACCUUUAAAAAAUAUUAUUGAAGCUCAACAUAAAACAAGAAAAUUGAUUGAGUCAACUGUUGACAAAUCAGCCAAAACAAUGGCUGAUCGUCGAAAUGAUGAACAGAAAACAAAACAUAAAAGUUAUUUAUGCUCUAGAGAAAAUGAGCGUUUGCAAGAGCAGGCCAUAGAUGCAAAAGCUAGUCGUGGUAAAGUGUUAACUGAAAAGGAUAUUAAUAAAUUAGAGACGAAAAGAAGAAAGGCAGAAGAAGCACAGUCAAGAGCAGAUCAAGAUUAUUACAUGUGUUGUGUAAGAGCUGAACGUUCAAGACAAGAAUGGGAGUCAUCAGUAUAUCGUGCUAGUAAUCUUUUACAACAAUUAGAAGAAGAAAGAAUGACUCAUAUGCAUGAUUUAAUUCAAAAAUAUGUUAAUCAUUUAAGUGUUGUGGGACCCAAAAAAGUUCAGAUCUGUGAAAGAUUGAAUACUGUUAUUUCAUAUAUUGAUGUUUCUGCUGAUCUUCAAAUGGCUGUUAAAUUACAUAGUACAGGACCAAAUGUUCCAGAACAACUGUUACCUGAUUUUUUUGCUGAAGAUGUCAACAACAACAUGAAAAAGGAACGUAGGAAAGAAUCAUUAGAAAAAUUUCUUAGAAUGCUUAAGCAUGACUUAGAAUUAGAAAGAAAAGGGAAACAAGGACUCGAAAAUUUAGCUAAAGUUUUUCAAGAAACACCAAAUUUUGGAGAUGCGGAUGCCCAACAAGAUGUAAAUGAAAAAUUGCAACAUUUAAGAACCAUGCUUAUAUAUUUAGAAGCAUCACGUUACAAAUUACAAUGUUGUUUGGCUGAUUUGAAUGGACAGCAACGACCUUCUCAUCCUCUUAGUUCUCAUUUUGAACAAUUCAGAGAUAAACAGGGAAUGACUCAUACAAUAUUGAAAGUUCCACAUUGGGUUAAGAUGGAAAGAAGAAAUUCUGACAGUAGUACUUCAAUGGACAGUGAUAUUCCUGACUGUGACUAUUACAGUUUUGUUCCUAAUGACAUACAAGUAAAUUUUAAUCAUCAUUUGUUUCAGAUCUGUGAAAGAUUGAAUACUGUUAUUUCAUAUAUUGAUGUUUCUGCUGAUCUUCAAAUGGCUGUUAAAUUACAUAGUACAGGACCAAAUGUUCCAGAACAACUGUUACCUGAUUUUUUUGCUGAAGAUGUCAACAACAACAUGAAAAAGGAACGUAGGAAAGAAUCAUUAGAAAAAUUUCUUAGAAUGCUUAAGCAUGACUUAGAAUUAGAAAGAAAAGGGAAACAAGGACUCGAAAAUUUAGCUAAAGUUUUUCAAGAAACACCAAAUUUUGGAGAUGCGGAUGCCCAACAAGAUGUAAAUGAAAAAUUGCAACAUUUAAGAACCAUGCUUAUAUAUUUAGAAGCAUCACGUUACAAAUUACAAUGUUGUUUGGCUGAUUUGAAUGGACAGCAACGACCUUCUCAUCCUCUUAGUUCUCAUUUUGAACAAUUCAGAGAUAAACAGGGAAUGACUCAUACAAUAUUGAAAGUUCCACAUUGGGUUAAGAUGGAAAGAAGAAAUUCUGACAGUAGUACUUCAAUGGACAGUGAUAUUCCUGACUGUGACUAUUACAGUUUUGUUCCUAAUGACAUACAAGGUGGAUCAGAUCAGAUCUAUGCUAAUUUGCCAUUUAAACAACCAGAACUAGAAAACCAAAGGCAUCCUAGUCAAUAUAAAGCUCUCUAUAAUUAUCAAGCUAAGUUAAGUGAUGAGCUUUCUCUUCAACCAGGUGAUAUCAUCACAGUUUUGAAAACUGCAGAUGACGGUUGGUGGCAGGGAGAACUUAGGGGUACUGUUGGAAUGUUUCCAUCUACUUAUGUAACAGAGAUUAAAUGAUUCCAAUAACAUGACAAUGUGUACAUACAUAUAUAUAUAUAUAUUUAUUGGAAUUUAUUUCUGCUAGUCUCUAACAAAAUAAGACCACAUUAAAAAAACAUGAUAGAAUAAUACAAGUAAACAUUCAACAUGACUUCGCAAUAUUUUAAACCAAUAUAGUGAUCUAUAUAUUACAGUCAAUAAUUUGGAAUUUUUAACAUUUUGUUAUGUAAGAAACAAAUAUUGUCAAUCUUUCCAAAAUUUUCAACCACCAAAAAUAAAAUAGAAGUAAAAAAACUGUUCAGAAAUUAACAAGACAAGUUUCUAUAAUCAUAAUAAUAAUAAUAAUUAUUAUUAAUCUGCCAAUCAAAUUUAUUAAUUUUAUUCUUAGUUUUGAAAAAGAAUAGGUAUUAAAAGUUUGUUUAUAGACUAUUGUUACACAAUUUUUCAAAAUGUAAAUAUAUUGUUUACAUAUCACAUAAAAGCACUGUAUAAUAUAUAUUUGCUUGUAGAACAAAUGCAUAACUUUGUUAUUAAAAGAAAAAUGAUUAAGAAAAUCUGAUAUGCAAUGUUUGAUAUGUAUCAAAUUUCCGCAAUGAUUAUUUAAAAUUCAAUUUUUGCAUAAAAUAUAAUUUUCAUUAUGUUUGCAAUUGAAUCCAAUUGAUUAUGCAUUGAAUAUUGAAACUAGUACACGUGCUACAGAAUUAAUCACGCUUAUUCUUGAUUUUAGUUGCAAAAAUAAAUAAGUAUUGAUGAUAAAUAUUUGUAAACUUCUAUAUACAAAAUCAUCAUGUAUGUGUUUCCGUAAGCAAAUGUAAAAUAUUAAGAACUAUGUACUGCACUAAUAUACUUAUUCAAAAGUAUUUCUUUGAAAAGUUUAAUAUUUUGUUAAUCAAGUUAUUUUUGAAUAUGGCAGUCUUCCUAAAGUUUGGUGCCAUGAUGGUUGAUUAAAAUUUUUGUAGCCAGAAAUAAUAAUAGUCUUUCAUUAAUUUUCAGUUUAUUUAAUGAUAAAGAUGGGCAUACAAGUCUCAAGCUCAUUCAGAAGACUUUUUUGGCUGGUGAAAGAUGUGGAGAGAGU